AUGGGAGCUCGAGGCGAUUUGGGUAUUGAGGUUGAGACAGAGGAGGUUUUCGGAGAGGAAUGGGAGGAGGGGAGGGGGGAGGAGGCGGAACAGGAGGCGGAGGAGGAGGAGAGCUGGGCGGCUUCCGCCACUCUUCAGGCGGAGCUGCGCGCGGUAGUGGGCGCGGACGGCCCUUGCGCCAUUGCGCGCCAAGAUUCUUUCCGCCGACAGCAGCAGCAGCGGUCGCGCUCCCCCGUGUCCCCUGCGCCCACCCCGCGCGGCGCAACUUUCGCGUGCGCGGCGCAGACGCCGCGCUCCGCGCAGGAGGCGCGCAUGCAGCUGCUGCAGGCGCAGCUGGAGCUGCUGGAAACGAGCAAGGCGGUCUCCGCGCUGAAAUGCGCGCGCCACGUCGUUCAGAUGCCCGGACACUCCGCGCGCUACAGCAGCUGCGCCGGGACCACUGGAGGCGGAAACGGCGAGAACAGCGGCACUGGCAGUGCGACUGGCAGCGGCAGUGGCAGGAGCAGUAACGCUAGCAGUCCGCGGUUCGGCGGAGUGAGCGGGAGCGCGCAAGCGGAUAGCCCCCGGUCGGAGGGGAGCUUCAGCUUUGGGGAGAUGAUGAGUCCGCGCGCGCACGACGCGCAGCUCGCGGGGGAGCUGGAGUUGGAACAGCAGCAGCAGCAGCAGCAGCAACACCGUCACCACCACCACCGCCAACAGCAACAACAGGAGGGGGAGAGGGAGGAGGAAGAAGAGGGAAGGCAAGGUGACUACGAGCGAGAUGGCGCGGAGGAAGGCGAAAUGGACGGCGAGGGGGAAGAAGUGUCCACCUGGGAAGUGCAGGGCCGAGCACCCUUGCUCUCAAUACCUGUGUGCAAGUCUGAAGGAGGGGGUUACGCAGCGCGAUGGUGGGAUGGGGACGGGGAUGCUGUUGGGGAUUGGGGUGGUGGUGAGGGUAUGGAGAGGAGGGCCAGAGUGGAGGGAGCCUGGGCGAAGCAGGAUGGAGGGAAGGCAAGGAGUGGUGGCCUGGGCCGUCCCGGGAGGCUUGCUCGCUUGCUUCACGCCACGGCCACCACCACCAGCAGCAGCAGCGGAGGCGGCGGCGGCGGCAGCAGUGCGGGCGCCUGGUUGCGGGAGUCGUUGCGCAGGAGUGCGUCGUCGUUCCUUGGUUUCAAGGUUCACUAG